AUGGCAGUUGGAGUAUCUUCAAAUACUUCCCAAGGCCGUCUUGGGCAGCCACUGUCUUUAGACUCUACGUUCACCAAAUUCCAGGCUGAAGUUGCGAGAGAAUCUGUCAACAAUAUGAUCAAAAAGAACACGUCGCGGGUCAGUUCAUUUGCUGAAGAAGACUCAUUGGAAUCACUUCUGGCCCCCGAUUCACGAGGUCGUCUACAAUUUGGGGAUCCGAAGAAAAAUAGCAAGCGCACGACCCGAGCUUUGUUUGCUAUAUCGAACUUGGUUGAGGCAGCCCGCAGGCUAGAGACUAAAAUACAGUCAAUCUCGACGUCUCAUACUCCAGAAGAAAUCCAGGCUACAUUGUGCGCCGUAGAGGAUGGUUCGGAGACUCUCAAUCUUCAAAUUGCUUCUAUUACCCGAACUGCCGUUUCCGAAGAAGUUAAGGAAGCGAGAGAGAUACUGGAGUCUUUGAAUCAGAUGGUCUGUGCAUGGAGAUUAGAGUAUCCUGACUCUUCUCCUGUGAAAAUCAACAAUCGUAAACACUUCUUUGAUCCUGGUGAAGGCAAGAACACCCCUACCAUCAUUGCAUACUGUAUUGCCCUUGUCUCCCGGGUUUUCGAAGGGACAGCACAGCGCGGUGCCAGCUUGAUCCUGAAACUUUUGAAGAUUUUUGGUUUCUCGUUCGCUACCUUAGGUGGCCAAGAGCUCAAUCCUGACCAGGAAGCAGUCCUUGCCAUGGUUCCUGAAUCCAUCGAGACUCUAGAGCAGAAGUUCAAUCUGAACAUAAAGUGUAUUUCAUAUGCUGUGUGCCCGAAAUGCAGUUUUACGCAUCCCCCUUCUUACCCAAAUGACGCUACACAUCCCGUUUAUCCUACUGUUUGUUCGGAGAGGAGGGCUCCCUUGGAGGAGCCUUGCGGCGCAUUAUUGCUGUCAUAUGGAAAGCCUCUGAAAAGAUACGAAUAUUAUCCCUUCUUCGAUUGGUUUGGGAGAUUUCUCGCUCUUCCAGGCAUAGAAGAAUAUGGAAAUAAGUUUUGUGACACUGUCUCUAGCCACCAAUCCAUACCCUCCGACAAAGUCGACCAAACAGAUGGUCGAUUUGUUCAUGAAUUUCGAGCACAGGAUGGCAAGCUAUUUGUUGCAGAUCGUGGAAAUGAGGGCCGUUGGUUCUUCACUCUUAAUGCCGACUUCUUCAAUGUCGAAGGCAAUCGUAUUCGCGGAAAAAAGUCUUCGACUGGCAUGAUAGCCAUGAGUUGUUUGAACCUUCCCCUGGAAAUUCGAAAUGAUCAUGCAUUCCUCUACAUCCCGGGCAUAAUUCGGGGCCCACAUGAGCCUAAUGCAAGCAACGCAGAACAUCGCCAUUAUCUGAAGCCCCUGGUUGAUGACUUGGUUAAGGGUUACACCAGAGGUGUCCGGCCUUUCGCUACAUUUCGGACCCGUGAUUCCAACACUCCUUACAGUCAGGUCUCUCGUAUCGCUCUCGUCUUAGCCCUCAUGGACUUCAAAGCUGCCCGACCAUUCUGUGGUCUCUUGGAUGUCACCUCACAUCAUUUUUGCUUUCUAUGUGAUUGUUGGCAUACGGCCCACUUGGGGCGAACAGAUUACGAGAAUUGGACAACGCUAGAUGAUGAACGUCUUAGGAAAGGUGCUGAAAUGUGGCGUGAGGCGAUGCUCAAGGAUCGCAAGGCCAUCGAAGAACUUUUUGGCACCCGAUUUUCAGAGCUAUGGCGUCUUCCUUAUUGGCGUCUUUGUCAAAUUGGUAUCGACCCUAUGCACGCAUUUUUUCUUAUUCUCCUUCAAAGAAUGUUUCGGGAUAUACUCGGCCUGGACAAUCCCGAAGAUCCCAGUCGGAAGCCUAGCAAACCCAGGUUCAAGAUUGCCUUCUACUACGACUUCACACCACCUCCAUCUCUAUCAUCACUAGUACAGGAGAUGGCAGAGGUGCCGUUACGCCGGUGGAGCAGCAUGAUUGGAUAUGUAUCACAACCUUUGGAUGAACACCGACUCUCAUUGCUGGAUUGGGAUCACCUCUCUUCCGAGCAUCGUACUCAUCGACGGUUGAGACUGGAGUCUCUGAAAGUUGAGAUUUUGAAUGACAGCCGGGCAUACCAGGGCGUUUUAGAAAUUUUGACCGAUCUGUGUGAAAGGGCACCGGAAGUUGAAUCGAAGAAGAAAGCAUUAUAUGGGAGAAUCCAGAAGCAAAAGUGGAAUGCGAUUCUCUAUGUGUGCGAUAAUCUCGCCAUCUUUCCUGAUCAUCGAUGUCCGCAAUUUCAGACGUCUUCGAAGAUCCUGAAAACCAACGCAAAGAAGGAAUUUCUAACCAACAUACUGAUCAACUGGCGCACCAAUGACAUCCGUGAAAUGCAAGGAUUUGUAUGGCCUUAUUUUACACCAAUCGAUAUGCCACCUCCCAUCACCCCGUGGGCCCCUACUCAUCCUUCAAAUGGGACAGGAAACACCCAUAUGGGUACCCGGGCAUUAGCUCCUGGGGAGCGGCUAGAACUUCUCAAAGAACUUGGCAAGUCCAUGAAUUAUUCCUCUGCAUCCGGUGUUGGUAAUAUUCAUCGACUUCUUCAACAACCGCUGUCUCGAGGCGAGCAAGAAGACGAGCUCCGAAAAGUCUUGCGGAAGCUCCCUGGUAAUUCUUUGGCUUAUGUAUGUACAGACAUCGAACGACUCCCUACUGGAAAAUUUGCGAAAGACGAUAUGGUCAAGCAACUGAUGGACUGGAGGAUGAUGAAGCCACUUGACCAAAUGAAAUCGGCAAUAAUAGACUCACCAGGGUUAUUGAGGAGGGUUCAACAAGUUGUUCGUGAGGUUGUUACACCAGCUUGGGUGACAAAUCCACCUUCAAAUGUUGGAUUGUAUGAAGCAGGGACCUUGAAGGCAGAUAACUGGAGGACCCUAUUUUCGAUACACAUGCCUUUGGCUAUAUUAAGCUUAUGGAAAGAGUCAUCGCCUCUAGCUGCCGCAAAUGCUAGUGAUAUGACUUCUGUUAUGGACACCGUGAUGCAUUUGGCCUGCGCGUCCUUGAUCAUGACAAAGCGCAAGCUGAGUUUGACCCGCCGCGACGACUUUCGUCGCCUAUUACGACUACAUAUAUUGGGGCUGAAGGAAAACUUUCCUGGAUGGAUUUUCCCCACUCACCACCUUGCAUUUCAUAUUCACGAGUUCAUGGAUCUCUUCAGUGGAGUUCGCCACUGGUGGCUCUUCCCUUUUGAAAAAUUAAUCGGAAAACUUCAGCGUACUCCAACGAACCACAAACCAGGUGAAUUUGAACAUACGCUCCUGCAUUCAUUUUGCACUGGAGCUUUUUUUCGUCAGUGGAUGAUGCGACCCAAUGCUCCGCCUUUUCUUCGGUAUUGCCAAAAAUUGAUAGACAAAGCUUACAACUAUGACCACAGACCCUCUGACCACUCCGCUAGUAAUGCUCCCGACCAGUCUUCUGUGACACCAGAACUCAUUGCAAGUAACUUUACCCUAACUCCUAAAACGACCAUUGCUAGUGUUCCGGAGCUCACAAAUUUACUGGGGACAGAGCCUUUUGAGUCUUUCUCUCGUAUUCCUGCAUCUAAGGGUGACUACACCAUCCCAAUCGAAGGUGCCUUAGGCAACAGCUAUAUCUGUUUCCACCCGGAGGGCGACCAUCACCCCGGACAACAGUGGUCGGCUGGUCAGAUCCAGCAUAUCUUCAGGCGGAAGAACAAUGGUCCAAUCCAACUAGCAGUUCUUCAGAGUCAAUCUGUUCAUGUAGAGGAUCCAUUCUCCGACUUCUGGGGAAAUGGUUUUGAGGCGAAGUUAGUUUCUUCGAAGUUUGUGGACAUCCUCAAAGUCAUAGAAAUGAAACAAGUCGCAGCGCACACUGCUAGAUGGGCUAUAUCUAAUGAAUUGGUGGUGGUUGUUAACCUUUGCUCGGUACGUCGAACUGUGGAACCUUGUUGA